CCACCUGAUUUUGCCCAAGCCAGGUUAGCGAGCGACCAUUGGCUGUGUUCACAAGCCGCUAUUGCUCACCGUGACCGCUGCCCUCGCUCGCUUUUGAUCGCUGAGGGUCAAGAGCUAUGCUGCGGCGAGCACUGCUAAUUGGCCUCGCCGCGCAUGCAGCAGCGGAGGUGCGCGUGCGAGCGCUGCCGCAGGAUCUCGUCGAGGUCGUGGUCGGCGCGACGACGCGCGUUCCGCAUGACACGAAUAACACUGACCGCGUCGUCACGACGCGCGGCCGCUGGGACGUGCGCUGGGGAGCAGGAGGCUUUGCUCAGGGCUCGUUUGCCGACGGGAUUGAUGAAGAGGGCGCCUGGCAUCUCGUCGACCCAACCACACCCCUCUCGGUGGCCGACCUCGCCGCCUUCCGGCUGCGCUGCCCGCCGAACUCGGCCUUCUCAAGGCUCGGCGACGGCGUCGUGCUCGGCGCGCGCUACGCGUCGCUCCUGGCGGCGCGGAAAGCCGGCGCGGAAGCGCGCACGGCGACUAUCGUCGCAAAGCGCGCCGCUUUCCUAGACACGCCCCUGCGCGAGGCCGUCGCGGCGGUCGUGAACGACACAGAAACGCGGCGGCCCGCGCCGGUCCGCGUGACCCUGCACGCGGCGAUCCGCGACCGGACCGGCGGCGCGCUCGUCUACCACGUGGCGAGCGACCGCGCGACCGCCCUCACGCUCCACAUGACGGUGCCCGGCGCGCUCGAGCCGCUGCUCUGGGAGUCGACGGUUUUGGUGGAUGGCGUCUCGACGCCGCUCGUCGACGUUGACUUCCGCGACGACGUCACGGCCUUCCGGAUCUCGGCGACAUUUACAGUUGAGGCGCGGGCCGUCGUCAAACUAGCGUACCGGGCGCGCUACCUCGCGUUCGACGAGUGGCCGCCCGACGUGUACCGGGGCGCGGACGUGCCCGCCGGCUUCAUCGCCUACGACGACGCGGCGGGCGACGGCGCGCUGGCCUUUUCGAACGCGUUGCUCGUGCAGACGCCGGAGAUGGACCUCUCGAUGCCGUUCAACGUCGCCACUUUGCAAGGGACGCUCGCCGCACUCCACGUCGGGACGGUCCUCGCGGCGCUCGUGCGGCGGAGCGCGCCGAUAAUGUAACAAAUCUUAAACUAGGG